UGGAGUCGCCAUGAGUUGGAGUUGACUCCACGGCAACUGUCUUUUUGUUGUUUUUUUAACAUGUUAAUUUAACUUAUUGAAAAAUUAUAUUUUUUCUGUUGCGUUAAAAAUAAACUUUAUUCAUAGGACAUAUUUGUCUAGGUCUAAGCAUUAAAAACAUGAUGUAUUUUAUAGUUCAGUGUGAUUAUUGUAGCAGUGUGCCUUCCUUUCACUGACCACAUUUUUUCUAGGGUAGCAGUUAGUCUAGUCUGAAUUUAAUGGCCUUAACAAAUGUAUUUUAAGGUAUUUGUAACUGGUCAGUUUUAGAGAUACCAUCAGAUAAAUCCGAAAUUGUUAAGUAGUCCUAAAAGUUUCAUAGUUACUUUGCAAUAUUUAUGUUUCAAAGGUGAUUGAGAAAAUUAUUUGGGAAACUUCCCUCCAGAGAUAUAUUUAAAUAGCUUUCUCUUCACUGCAAAUGUUUCAUUUAGUAAAUUAAAAAAAAAAUUAUUACACUCUUUUGGCCUAUUAAAUUAGGUUUUCGUUUUUGAGAAUUUGGAUUAUGUAUACGUUUUGGAAGCUGUUUAUAAAAUUUUAAACGUCUAAUAGUUAAGCAAAUAGACUUAGGUAAAAAGUCAAAGAACUAAAGCUAGGCUCUUUAAUUGAAAGAUGUCAUUUAAUUAAUUACUAUUUUUUUUUAUCAUUGCCAGUUUUAAAAAUACUAUUUUUUUUAUAAUUAAAAAGAUGCUGCUUUUUAUCUUGGACAUUCUUACUUAAUAACAAAAAAAAAAUCUGAAAUGAUCUAGGAUAUAUACUAUUUUCCCUUGAUUUUAAUCUUUGAUAGUACUUGUGGGUAGAAAUGUUUUUUUUACUGCUUGAAUUUUGCCUUCCCUGGUUGGUGCAGAACUCAUCAUUGUAAUAUCGAACUUUCAUAACUUCUAGAUUAUAUUUUUCUUUGGAUUUACCUGCAUUUAAAGAAAAAAGACUCUGAUGUUAUUGAACCAAUUGGUUUAAAGGGACUUUUUUUGGAUGUAGUGUAAAACUCACAAUUUUUAUGUUUAUCUAAAAAAAGUCCUCCGUUGCACUAAUGUUGACUGUACCUUGGCAGUUUUAUAGAUUAAUUAGAAUAAAGUUUUUUAACUAUCCCCAGUUUUUAAUCUGUUUCACAGUAUGCCUUCAGUUCCCUCAAUCUGGAAUUCUCUUCUGUUCCAGGUUAGUGGUCCUCAACUUAAUCAAUGUUUAUUGAGCAUCUACUGUGCACUAGGUGUUCUGCAAUGUGCUGAAGAUGCAAAUACGAAAAAAAAAUAUAUAGUAUUCAUCCACAAUGCGAUACCUUUUGUAGGGUUUGGCUUUUUGGAUAAUGCAAUUAUGAUUGUUGCAGGAACCCAAAUUGAGAUGUCUAUUGGAAUUAUUUUUGGAAUUUCAACUAUGGCAGCUGCUGCUUUGGGAAAUCUUGUGUCAGAUUUAGCUGGACUUGGACUUGCAGGCUAUGUUGAAGCUUUGGCUUCCCGGUUAGGCCUGUCAAUUCCUGAUCUCACACCAAAGCAAGUAGACAUGUGGCAAACACGAGUUAGUGCACAUUUGGGCAAAGCUGUUGGGGUGACUAUUGGCUGCAUAUUAGGAAUGUUUCCUUUGCUUUUCUUUGGAGGAGGUGAAGAAGAUGAAAAACUGGAAGAGAAAAAUUAACCCUUUUAGAAUAUCUAUAAAAAGAUGUAAACUAAUGUACCUCAAUUAUUAAAUAUGUGUCACAACGUUUAGGAAUUAAGACAGUAACUGUGUAUAGAUAUGGGAUCAAAUAAUUCAGCAUGUAUUACGGGAAACACUAACUUAUUGUGGCUUGAUCUCCUUAGGACUUCUUUUUUAAAAAUGAUUUAGUAAUAUUUUAUGUAAGUUGUUGAAAAUACUUUUUCAUCACUGGCUGUCAACAUUUUACCUUUUCUUUUUCUUUACACUUCAAAAAUAUUAUUUAAGUAUCAGUCAUAUUGAUGUACUAUGCUGACGUGGGGUUUGCUUAUUUGUUACUUAAUGUGUACAUGCAUGAAAGCAUUUUUGUUGUUGUUCCCUGAUAGUUACAAUUUAACCUUAAGAUUUUUCCAAAUUAUUUAAGAUGUUUAAUAUCAGUUCAAGAUUUUUUUAACUCUCUUUUUGGCAACAUCAAUUUGUGCUGUUUCACAGUAAACAUAUCUAAUCAUAUAAUUUCAGUCAUUUUCUUAAUUCUCACAUUCAUUUAAAAUGGACACAAUUUUUAAAGACCUUUAACUAUUACUCAUUUUAGUUUUCUGACCUUACUGUCUUAAGAGCCAAAUGUUGAGAAGAAUGAUUAUCAUGGCCUCCCUACUACAUAAAACCACGUACAUUAACAAGUGUGCGUAUUUCUAGUUGAUUUUUUUAUCUUUUAUUUCCCAGUUUUGAAUAAUUAUAUGGUGAGUUCUGACUCCUGACAUGAAGAAAGUUAUUAGAGUCUUUUUAAUGGGAGACUGCGGAAUUAGGGUAAACUAAAGGAUUUUAUGUGAGUCUUGGAAAUUAAGAAGCUAAAACAUUUUUUUAUAUAAGUGGAAAAUGAGAGCUUUUCUACUUGUAUAAAAAGGUUUUUUAUACGAGGUUUUCUACUUGUAUAGAAGGUUUAGGUUAUAAGUGGUGAAGUUGAAGAGAUGUUUGUAAGGUUAGUGAGAUACAAAUUGUAUUUGAGAAGGAUUUUUUUUUUCAAAGUGUUUUCUUCUCAUCUGAAUUGAUUGAGUCUGAAUAUUCCAUACUCAUAAUCUUGAUGCCAUUAUAUCUUGUUUAGUGAAUUAUAUUUCUGGAUAACUUCUUUUGAGGUGAAAACUAAAUAUUUUACUUUUUUUUUUUUUUGCUAUGUCGUCUAAUAGUCAAAAAUUACACAGGAGGAAUCCUUUCUUCCUUUUUUGGUCUUUGUACUUCUUUUGUGGUAUUUAAAGCAUACUUCAGGUUGAAGUUAUUUAUUUCUAGUCUUGUAUUUGUGACUUCAGUAUAACCAUGUAGGAAUCAUUAAUUUUAAUUUUUUGAAUCCUUAAAAUUUUUUAGCAUGUGUUCUGUUAUACAUGCUAAAAAUUAUUCUCACUUGUAAGAAUAAUUGAACACAUUAUGAAGGAGAGAAAUUAAAUUUAUUAUUAUUAAAUUUAAAUUUAAGUCAUUGGCAACUGAAAUUAUGCUGCAAAAUAGAUACAAAAGAAGAGAAACUCACAGGAUAGUUGUAUGUACAGCAAUCUUAAAGUUUCGUUUGCACGUAUUAGAGCUCUUAUCUUCAGGGGAGCUACUUUUUUCCACAAAGCAAUUUGUCGUAAAUUCUCUCCUGUGCAUUUCAGAAUGGUUCAGUGCUAUCCUUUCAUCAUGGGCUUUGAGGGAAAAUAGAAAAAGAGUUAUACAGUAUAAAAACAAAUAUAUUACAUUCUUUUUAUACACAAAAAUUUGACAGUUUCAUUUGAUCAAAUCAGAAUUAUAGAACUUAAGAUCUUAAACAGAAUUGUGAUUUGUAUCUUCCACAUAAUUCCACACACAUAUACCAAAAAAAAAAAAAAUUAACAUAUUUAUGUCAGUGUUCAAGUGCUUUUGUCCCUGACUUGUAUACUGCUAGUCCUUUCUGUUUUCUAAGAAGGUAUUUUAUUGUGGUGCUUAAAAUUUUUUCUUAUCCCAAAUCCUGUAUCCGGAAAUCUUGCCCCUGUGAGUUUAGAAAGGGCUUCUGAUAAUUGAUUUCUUUCUUUUGCUUUUGAACAUAAUUCAGUCCUACAGAAUCUGCCAGUUGAAUAUCUUUAAAAUUACUAAAGGUGUUAAAACAUAUUGAAAGAUAUUUUACUUCAUGGACAAAAUAAAAAAAAUUGAAUCAUUCAGGUAAUUGAUUAAAAAAAAAAAAAAAAAACCCUUUUGUUGUUGACCGAAGAUACGCAUUAGUCAAGAUUUUAUUCUACGCUAGUAUGGUGCUUUGCACAAAGUGAUUUCUGAAGAGUUGUUCUCCUUAAUAAAGGUAAUGACUUCAUAUAAUCUUAUUUUAUGUUACUUGUUACAGUUUUCAAAUUGAAACUGGAACUCUUUGUUUCCCAUGUUAGUUAUUUCUCUAUUAGAAGUACUAGAUCUAUGGUUAAAUGCAACAUGAGCUACUUUAGUACUGUUUGAAAUUCAUGUUGUCUGUGUAUUAUGAUUUAUUGACUUGAUGCAUGUAAAUUGAGUGCAUUUUGUUGCCACUGUAUGUUAAAUGGUGACCAGUGUUUUUACAAAGACAAAUUGAACAAAAAAAAUAUCUUUUAA